AUGGACGCACCGCCAGGCGCCCAUCGGGACGCGCAGCUGCCCGCAGACGCUGCAGGGCCCCCUGGGGAGGAAAUCGCAGGGGCCCAGGGUCUUCCCUCCAUGGCACCGUCGUGGGGGCUGCCCCAGGAGCUGGCUGAGGCCGCGACUGGGGGCCGGGUCCUGGUGGUGGGGGUGGGCGGCAUCGGCUGCGAGCUCCUCAGAAACCUCAUGCUCACCGGCUUCUCCUACAUCGACCUGAUUGAUCUGGGUAGUAACUAUGUCAGCAACCUCAACAGGCGGGUUUUGUUUCAAAAGAAACAUGUUGGAGAUCAAAGGGCCAGGUUGCAGGAGAGUGUCCUGCAGUUUUACCCGAAGCUAGUAUCAGAGCCUACCAUGACAGCAUCAUGA